AUGUACCGGGCGCUGCCAGCGCUCGCCGCCCUCCUGGCGUCGCUGAUCGCCCAGGCAGCGCUGGCGCAGCUGGAUAAGGGCCCCUGCACGUGCGCAGUGGAUGGCGUGAGUGGUGGGGUGCAGACUGAUAUACUGGGUUGUACCAACGGCACUCUUUCUUCAUUUUUCUGCUACGUUGUGGACCCAUCAGAGUGCAACGAGGGGACAUUCUCCACCAAAUUCGAGGGGGCAAAGAGGAGGCAGUGCUUGGUGGACGAUGCGAUCUUCACAGCAGCAACCAAUGGGGAUGCUGCCCUGGUGGAGGACCUGCUCCUGAGCGGCCAGCGUGAGCUUGUGAACGAGUUGACCUGGGUGGACUCGCAGAGCCCUGUGCAUGUAGCGGCCAGGAAUGCUGACCCAGAUGUACUUGAUCUGCUGCUGAUCUUUGGGUACGACCAUUGCGGCACCGAGAUCAGCAACAUGCCAAAAAGGCUCAUCUGUUCCAAUGGGUGCAGCGAGGAGGAUGAGAAGCUGGUGUCCGAUUUAUUGGAAUUCACCGAGGAGAAAUUUCCCUGCGACUUUGGCGCGACAGGUCUCAUUUCUGGUGGCACGACAGCAAAGCCAGGCCGCUACCCCUACAUCGUCUCCCUGAGGCGGCGGGCCACCCGUGCGCACUACUGUGGUGGCACACUCAUCGCUGAGGACAUGGUGCUCACAGCAGCACACUGCCUAGAUGUGAGCCAGUCUUUGGUGGCAGAGCCGGCGCCCACGCUGUACAUAGGAGGAUACCAGAGGGAGCUGAACACCUUGUUCAGCGCCCCGGACCCUAGUAAUGUGGAGGUUUUUGGGACAGCCGGGGCGGCUGUGCACCCAAGGUGGCAAAGGAACUUUGGCAAGUUUGGCACCGGCUUCGACGUCGCAGUCAUCAGACUGAGCGGCACUAGCAAGAAGUUGCCAGUUCGAAUUGGAACCGUCGAACCGGGAGAGGAGGCAACGACGCUGGGAUGGGGACGCCUCGUGGCCACUAGUGCGUUUCCAGGUAACCUGCAGGAGGCCACAGGCAUGAAUGUCACUGUGGACGAGUGUGCAAGCAUUUACAAGGAAUUGGGCUUCACGCUCAAGCACGUGGUCUGUGCAGGCACGGGAAUGCAAGAUUUCUGUACAGGGGACGAUGGUGGGCCAUUGCUGAAAUUGAACACCUCUGAUCCCGAAGACGACGUCCUGGUCGGAGUGGCCUCCACCAAGGCACCCGGAAUCGAGUGCGGCACCCUUGGAAUUCCUGGUGUGUAUUCCCGUCUGACCCCAUCGGUACAGGAAUGGAUAGAGGAUACCAUAACGACGUUGAGACGGAGAUGA